AAAUGAGUUUCGGGGUGAGCUCCUGAAUCAGCGGUGGACGCGAGGCGAGAGGAUCAGCCGCUGCCAGCCCGCACAGAGACUGCAGAGCGGACCAAUCAAAAUGAGUGUGGAGAGUGAUGACAAGCGAAGCACACGUACACGCUCCAAGGGAAUCAGAGUUCCUAUAGAGCUUGUUGGACAAGAGCUGAGCUGCCCCACCCCUGGAUGCAAUGGCUCUGGCCACAUCAGUGGGAGAUAUUCACGACACAGAAGUGUGCUGGGCUGCCCCUUGGCCAGGAAGCGACGUCUGGCAGACGCUGAGGCAGAGCAGGACCAGCCGUCCUCUAAAAGGAAGUCCCACCCUCUAAAGCUGGUCAUGGACGAGGGCUUCAGCAUGGACAGUGAUGGGAGCAGCGAAGAGGCAGAGGAGGAGAAAGAGGAGGAGAAAGAGGAGGACGAGAAGGAGGAGAAGACAGAAGAGCUGACCCAGGAACAGCCACAGCACGAAGAAGAAACCGAGGAGGAGCAGGAGGAAAGGCAGGAGAAGGAGACAGAGGAGGGGGAGAACACAGAUCAGGAAGAGGAGGAGAACACAGAUGCAGCUGAUGCAGAUGAAGAGGAAUGUAUGAUCAUUGAGCCGGUAUCUAGUAAAACAGCUUGCAAAGCUGAAGAGGGGGAAUGGCCAAAGAGAGAGGACUACUCCAGCUACCAUCAGAUCCUAGCCAACUCUCUACUCCACCUGGGCGGGGUCCCCGACACCACAGAGACCACCUCACACGAGCCCGUUACCAUGGAGACGGAGGAAGAUGUCACAGCUGUGAAGCACUCCGUUGUGGUAGUGGAACACUCAGAGGCGCAGGAGGAAGAGGAGGAGGGACAGGAGGAGGAAGAGGAGGAGCAGCAACCUGCAGAGAAAGAGGAGGAGGAGGAGGAAGAGGAGGAGGAAGAGGAAGAGGAGGAAGAGGAGGAGGAUGAGGAGGGAAGUGUUAAAGUAAGUGAAGAACCUUCUGUUGUAGAUAGGGUGGAGGAGGAAGAGGAGGAGGAGGAGGAAGAUGAGAUUGAGGAGGCUAGAGAGGCUGUGACACAGAGAACCUUUGACCACCCAUACUUCACUGGAGACAUCCACCAGCAGCAGGACAAGGCUGAGGAAGAUGAAGAGGAGGAAGAGUAUGAAGAGGAGAGAAGGGAAGCAAAGCUCCAGCCACAUGAGAUACUAGAGGAAGAGGAGGAGGAGGAGGAGGAGGAGGAUGAAGAUGACAUUGAGGAGGUGGACGUGAGAGUGCACCCUGUCUUCCUGCCCACCACCAUCACUGCAGCAGCUCAGGGACCAGCCACACAAAGGGAGAGAGAAGAGCACAGGGCCAGGACUACAGAGGAUUACAUCUCCCACAGGACCAGCCACCUAGAGAACUACAACCCCCACAGGACCAGCCCACUGGAGAACUACAACCCCCACAGAGUCAGCCCCUUACAGCACUACACCUCCCAUAAGGCUUCAGCAGCCUCUGACAUCAUCGAGGUGCGUUCAGAGGAUUCGGGUAGGGACUACGAUGAAGAAGAUGGUGAUGAGGAGGAAGAAGAUGACAGUUUGUCUCAGAGGUGGACAGAUGAGUCAGAGAUGUAUGAUAUGACCCGGGGCAACCUGGGGCUUCUGGAGCAGGCCAUCGCCCUGAAGGCAGAACAGGUGAAGGGGCCUCGCGACCUCCUCCUCCUCCGUCACCCCGUCGUCACCCCGGAGCACCACCACCGCUACUUCACCAUGGACGACCGGCCCAAACACCUGGACACCAUGCGCAAGAGCUACUUCAGCAGUAAAGCUGUCUCUACAGAGGGCAGCAGGCCAGAGAAGAGGGAGAUCAAAUGCCCCACCCCUGGCUGUGACGGGACUGGUCAUGUUACUGGACUCUACCCCCACCACCGCAGCCUGUCUGGCUGUCCUCACAAGGACAGGAUCCCCCCUGAGAUCCUGGCCAUGCAUGAGAACGUGCUGAAGUGUCCGACUCCAGGCUGCACCGGACAGGGCCAUGUCAACAGCAACCGCAACACCCACCGCAGUUUGUCAGGAUGCCCCAUCGCAGCCACAGAGAAGCUGUCCAAGAGCCACAACCUUGACAAGCAGCAGCUCUCCCAGCCAAUCAGAGAGUACCUCAAAGAAAGUCCCAACAACAAUGACAGAGUUUUAAGGCCCAUGUGUUUUGUGAAGCAGCUGGAAGUACCUCACUAUGGGCAGUACAGGCCCAAUAUGGUGCCUGCCACACCUCGUGCCAACCUGGCCAAGGAGCUGGAGAAGUACUCCAAGGUCUCCUUUGAUUAUGCAAGCUUCGACUGUCAGGUGUUUGGGAAACGCAUGCUUGCUCCAAAGAUACCGACCAGCGAAGCCUCACCCAAAGCCUUCAAAUCUAAACUCUCGUCCCCCAAGUCUUCUUCUCCCAGCCUCAGCCUGCAUGGAGGUUAUGGAAAGACUGCCUCCUCUUCUGCCUACGACUACUCCCAUGAAGCCCAGGCAGCCCACAUGGCUGCCACCGCUAUCCUAAACCUGUCCACACGCUGCUGGGAGAGGCCUGAGAACCUGAGCACCAAGCACCAGGACCUGGCUAGCAAGAGCAUGGACAUCGAGGUGGACGAGAAUGGAACUCUUGACCUGAGCAUGAAGAAGCCCGUCAAACGAGAGGGCACCAGCCCUGGGGUAUGUUCCCCGGACCCCUCCUCCUCCUCCUCAUCCUCCCUGCACCACGGAGGCAGCAGUGGCAUGACCUCGCCCCACACGGGCCACGCCUACAAACAGGAACACUGGGAGGAGCCUCUGGACUACACCAAACCUAACCGCCAGCGGGAGGAGGAUACAGAGGAGAUGGAGCACCACACAGCGCAGUCGUUUGCCUCGUCCGACCCUGAGGACAUGGACCUGAUGCAGGACUACCCCGAGGAGAGGAAGUACCCUGGAGAGGUCACCACCCCAAACUUCAAGGUCCAGUUCCAACAGCCAAAGGAUUGCAAGAAAGAUGUGCUCCUGUGCCCCACUCCUGGCUGUGACGGCAGUGGCCACAUCACCGGAAACUAUGCAUCCCAUCGCAGUCUGUCUGGGUGUCCUCUUGCUGAUAAGAGUCUUCGGUCCCUCAUGGCGACCCACUCUGCUGAACUGAAGUGCCCCACUCCAGGAUGUGAUGGUUCAGGACAUAACACUGGAAACUACGCCUCCCACAGAAGUUUGUCUGGGUGCCCCCGUGCCAAGAAAGGUGGAUUAAAAACAUCUCCCACCAAGGACGACAAGGAGGACUCCGAGCUCUUAAAAUGCCCUGUGCCUGGCUGUGACAGCCUAGGUCACAUCAGUGGGAAGUACGCCACGCAUCGCAGUGCCUAUGGGUGCCCGCUAGCUGCCCGCAGGCAGAAGGAAGGGAUGCUCAACGGUAACCCCUUUUCCUGGAAGGCCUUCAAGACGGAGGCCCCCACCUGCCCCACCCCCGACUGCGAUGGAUCAGGACAUGCCAACGGCAGCUUUCUCACACACCGCAGUCUCUCUGGCUGUCCCAGAGCCUCCUUUGCCAAGAAGAAAGCCAAGUUCCCUGGAGAGGAGUACCUGAGCACCAAGUUCAGGGCCAGUGGCGUUCUGGAUAAUGACGAGGACAUGAAGCAACUCAACAAGGAGAUCAAUGAGCUCAACGAGACCAACAACGAGAUGGAGACAGACAUGGUGAACCUGCAGACACAGAUCUCAUCCAUGGAGAAGAACCUGAAGAACAUUGAGGAUGAGAACAAGCUGAUUGAGGAGCAGAAUGAGGCUCUCUUCGUGGAGUUAUCUGGCCUCAGCCACGCCCUGAUCCGCAGCCUGGCCAACAUACGUCUCCCACACAUGCAGGAGCCAAUCACUGAGCAGAAUUUCAACAGCUACUUGAGCACCCUGACUGACAUGUACACCAACAAGGAGUGCUUCCAGAACCCGGAGAACAAGGCUCUGCUGGAGAGCAUCAACAAGGCUGUGAAGAGCAUCAAGGUGUGAAAACCUUGAAAAAAAAAAAGUGAAAACAUGUAAAAGGAGAGAUGGAGUCAAGAGACCACAGUAUAUUUACCGAGAAUACAAAAAUACAAAAAGGGCAUUCAGGUUUUAUAAACGACAACUUAAAUUAAACCCAGGGAGCAUUCUGAAAAGAAGAAAAACUUAACUAGGACCAAAAUCCAAACCUGCUGCUGCUGGGAUCGGAAGGAGGAAGUGGAACGGAACCAAAUCCUUCAGUUUGAAUUGAUGAAAAAAAAAUCUAUAUCUUGGGAUUUGUUUGUUUGUUAUAUGUUAUCUUUGUCGUUUUCAUGUCUGUCCUGUUUUGGAGGUGUCUCAUUGACUGUCCCAAUGUAUACUGUAAUUCAAGCUUUAGUUCAGCAACAAUUUGGAGAAGAACGAAAGAAAGAAAGAUGGGAAGUAGUGGGUCUGACCUGCCUACAUGAGGUGAAGAAAACCGUUGAGGAAAUAUCAAAAAACCAAGCCGAUGAAACGCCAACGUUGUGUUCUAGGGAAGACACUAAAGCUUCAUUCAGAAAGGUUGCUCUGGGGCAGGAAAGGAGGGUUGCUCUGGGGCAGGAUAAGGAGGGUUGCUCUGGGGCAGGAUAAGGAGGGUUGCUCUGGGGCAGGAAAGGAGGGUUGCUCUGGGGCAGGAUAAGGAGGGUUGCUCUGGGGCAGGAAAGGAGGGUUGCUCUGGGGCAGGAUAAGGAGGGUUGCUCUGGGGCAGGAAAGGAGGGUUGCUCUGGGGCAGGAUAAGGAGGGUUGCUCUGGGGCAGGAUAAGGAGGGUUGCUCUGGGGCAGGAUACGGAGAGCGUGCUUGUGAGCGGUGCAGCAACCCCUAUUGAGGAGAAGCAAAUGGAGAAUCACUGAACUCUGAGGUCUUCUUGAGCAAUGGUUCAUGUACUUAUUGUUGUUACUACUGCAGCAAGAUGUCAACACGGCUCUAUGUCUCAAAUCAGCGGAACAACUCUUCAAAUGAAGAUUAAGUCACAAAUCACGGGGGAGUUUUUCUCUUCUGAAAAUCAACAGUACAGCCUGUACUAUAUUUUUAAUGGAACAACUGGUGUAUGAGAGCAGCAAAUACAGCCAUUUUUCUUUGAACUGAAUGAUGAUAGUAAUGGUCAAUUCCAGUUAGUUUUAUGAACAUAGAAAUUGCACUUCAUUUCAAUGAAUAGUUUGUGGUACAAUAAUUCUUGUUAUAUAAAUUAUAAAACAUUUGUGAAUGCACAAAAUUGUAAUUUAUUGCCAUUUUAUGUUAAACUACUUGUAUUUAUUUAAUGUUAUCUAUUUAUUCACUUUAUUUUUUUGUUUUGUGAAACACAAAAUGCAACCCUGCUGGUCUAAUCAUGGCCAUAAAGAUUUAAAACAGGGAGUCUUCGACAUCAAUAUUUAAAAAUCUAUAUAGAUAACUGUUCACACUUAAUUAUUUUAUAUAUCUUAUUUUAUUUUAAAUAUUUUUUUUUAAACAUUUUUAAGUGCAGAUAUUUUAUAACUGACAAAGUUUUGAUAAUUUUAUAAAACUGUUUUCAUUUCUGUUAUUUCUGUUAUGAUAAAAUAUCUUCAGAAAAUCCACGGCUUAAAAAGAAAGUAUGUAUUUAUUAUUUAUUUAAUAUUGAGGAAAUUGACUGUCAUAUGGUUGUAUAUUUAUUUAGUCAUUUCUGUGUGUGCUGUGAUGGCUGAGUCUUAGUAGUCUUAAAAUCCAUUGCUAAUAUUUAAAUAAAGAAAAAAACAUGGCCCGAAAGAAAAUCAUAGAAUAUUGUUUGAUUUGCUUUCAUAGAUAUACCAGCAGUUAUUCCUAAGCAGAAUAACCAACAAAAGCAGUCACUGUUCUGUUGGUAUCAGAUUGUCUUUGUGUCAGCAAGGAGUUGUUUGCGUUUUGUCAGGAAAAAUAAGACCAAGAAAAUAGAAGGAUAAUAUGUUUCUUCCCCGAGCGCUUUGUAGUGGCCAACACGGGCUAACCCAAAACAUCUUUAAUGUACCAGAGAUGUUUUAAUGCCUUUUGAUCAAAUAUUUUUUCUCUGUUUAUUCUUUUCUCUAAAUGUCUUGGGCAGAAGCUCCAUAGAGCUCUGUUCAAGUGUGUUCUAGAACUCUAUUUCAGUGUGUUCUAGAGCUCUGUUCAAGUGUGUUCUAGAGCUCUGUUCCAGUGUAUUCUAGAGCUCUGUUCAAGUGUAUUCUAGAGCUCUGUUCCAGUGUGUUCUAGACCUCUGUUCCAGUGUGUUCUAGAGCUCUGUUCCAGUGUGUUCUAGAGCUCUGUUCCAGUGUGUUCUAGACUAGAUGUCUGGGUCUAAAACACUUUAAGGAAAAACUAAACCAUCAAGGAGAAUGACAACUAAUAUCAGAUCCACUACGCCCAUGUAGCCUUAUUUUAGAUUUAAUUUGUUGAUGCACAAAGUGCCACAAACCCCUCACUUUCUUUCCUGAUUCUUUGCAUUCUGCAACGUACAAUGUCUAGUCACGUGACAUGACCAGGGCGUCAGACCGAGAGUUGGGAUUGUUUCAGAUGCCUUUGUUUCUUUGCCAAGAUGGCCAUAAGUACACUGUAUAUACAUUCUGUAUAAAUAGACAUUUAAAAGCUAUAUGAAUAGAAACAUGCAUAUAUUUUUCCAGUGUAAUUGUUGCCUCUUUUCCUCUUCUGUUAGCUUAUCAGAGGAACUACACCUGUCUGAGAGUUGUGAUGAAUAGAGGCGGAUAUGACUGUGGCUUUUUAGGUUUCCUUUUCUAUGGAUUUCUCUCUAUCUUUGAUCCAGACAUGGUGAAAAUGCUAACGCAUGUUGUAGUGAAUCUGAAAUGCUAACGCAUGUUGUAGUGAAUCUGAAAUGCUAAUGUAUGUUGUAGUGAAUCUGAAAUGUCUGUAAUCUUAACUAAAUGGUUGGCUCUUCGUUCAAGUGUCCUGUGAGUGAGUUCAUGCAUAGAGGCCUCUUUGGUCACAUUGGCGUUAUAUUGUGCUGUACUGUGUCGUUGUGAUAAGAUUAUGAUAAGGUCAGCUCUCAAACACAGAUCACAACGUUAAAAAGCCAAUAGGGAAAGUGUAGUACUUGCUCUGAGUGAUCUGUUGCAACUAGUAGGAGACCCUGUGAAAAUAUGAUGAGGUAACCUAGUGGGAGACCCUGUGUUAAUAUAAUGAGGUAGCCUAGUGGGAGACCCUGUGAUAAUAUAAUGAGGUAGCCUAGUGGG